AUGACAUAUCAUGAAGAACCAGAACCCAUGAAGAAGGUGGGGUUCUUCGGCCAAGUGUUCUUCGUGUACAUAGAUUCUACAGCAGAACUACACAGACGAAUAAUGUUCUUCGCUGAGCAAAAGCAACAAGACGAAGAAUGUUCUUCGCAAGGAGAUUCUUCGGCAAGAUAUAGUUCUUCGGCUAUGGUUCUUUGUAGUGGGGUUUUCGUGAGUGGGAGAGUUAUUCCUGAUGAGAUCAACCAUCUUCAUCACCUUGAGGUAUUGAGUUUACAAAACAACAGCAUUGGUGGAAACAUUCGGUUCAACAUCUCAACACUGAAGAAGUUGGACUUAUCUUUGAAUAUGUUUUCAGGUGAACUCCCUGCUGACAUAGGUUACUGGCUUCCGAAUCUUCAAGAGUUAUACUUGAGCGAUAAUACAUUCCGAGGCACUGUGCCGAGCUCAAUUGUCAAUGCUUCCAGAUUGGCAGUGAUUGUAUUAUCUAUGAACUCAUUUACCGGUUCCAUACCAAUUACAAUUGGUAGGUUGGAACUACUAGAACGACUAUUUUUCGCACAAAAUUAUUUCACUUAUGAGGGCUCAGAGUUAAAUUUUUUCACAUCACUAACAAAUUGCCGAAAGUUGCGAACAUUGGUCUUUGCACAUAAUCCCUUGAAGGCCUUUCUUCCAGCUUCUAUUGGUAAUCUAUCUACAUCUCUCCAAAUAUUUGAAGCAAGUGGAUGUGGAAUCAAAGGCAUUAUUCCUAGUGGAAUUGGAAACUUGACUAAUUUGCAAAGGUUAUCUUUGGAUAUGAAUGAAUUAAAUGGAAGCAUUCCAAUAACACUUGGGAAACUGCAAAAUAUUGAGCAGUUGUAUCUUGAAAAUAACAGAUUAGAAGGAGGGAUUCCACAAGAACUAUGUCUCUUGAAGAACUUAGGGGAGUUAUAUUUGAGCAAAAACCAGCUCUCAGGAAUUAUAUCAUCAUGCUUGGGAGAUAUAAGUUCACUUACAUGGUUAUUCUUGGAUUCAAAUACAUUAACAUCCACAAUACCGUUGACUCUGUGGAGCCAUAAGUCACUUAUAGUCUUAAACUUGUCCUCAAACAACUUAACCGGAAAUUUACCGUCAAGUAUUGGAAGCUCUAUUUCACCUCUUGUCGGAUUAGACUUAUCAAUUAAUAGAUUGUCGGGCGGCAUUCCAAGCAGCAUUGGUGGCUACCAAAUGCUGAACAAUCUCUCAUUGGCUCACAACAACCUGCAAGGUUCAAUUCCAGAGUCACUUGGGAAGUUAAUAAGUCUAGAAAUUUUGGACUUAUCUCAAAAUAAUCUAUCUGGCAUGAUCCCCAGAUCCUUAGAGACACUCAGGUAUUUAGAAUACUUAAAUCUUUCCUAUAAUAGGCUACAAGGAGAAAUCCCAAGUGGAGGACGCUUUAAUAAAUUCACAGCUUCAUCAUUUAGGCAUAAUAAAGACUUAUGUGGUGCACCAAAACUAGAAGUCUUGCCUUGCAGAAACAAACAAAAAGAAUCAAGAAAUUUGUCUUCUCUAAAGUAUAUAUCACCUAUCAUUGCAACAAUAAUUGGAUUAGUUGUAGCCAUAUAUUUACUGAGAAGACACAGGAGACUAAGAAAACAAAACAGAACAAAUGUGGAGCCGCCAUCACUUCUUGAGUGGACAAGAGUAUCAUAUUAUGAACUAGUAAGAGCCACAGAAUCAUUUGAUGAAAGCAACUUGAUUGGGAAUGGGGCUUACGGCUCAGUAUUUAAAGGAAAGCUCUCAGAUGGGGUAAAUGUAGCGGUAAAGGUUUUUAAUUUGCUCUCAGAAGGUGCAGUAAAAAGUUUCAAUGUUGAAUGUGAAGUACUACGCAAUAUUCGUCAUAGAAAUCUCGUUAGAAUCAUUAGCAGUUGCACCAACAUGGAUUUUAGAUGCUUAGUUAUGGAAUACCUGCCGAAUGGUAGCCUUGAGCAGUGGUUGUACUCGCACAACAAUCAUCUGAGUCUUAUACAACGACUGCAAAUAUUAAUAGAUGUUGCCUCAGCCCUCGAAUAUCUACAUCAUGGUCAACCAACGCCUAUUAUUCAUUGUGAUUUAAAACCAAGCAAUGUCCUCCUCGAUGAAGAUAUGCAAGCACGUGUUUGUGAUUUUGGGAUUGCCAAAAUAUUUGGUGAAGAGGAAUUCAGGCUAAGAACUGCAACUUUAGGAACGAUAGGAUACAUGGCACCAGAAUAUGGGAUGGAAGGAAUAGUGUCACCAGGAAGCGAUGUCUAUAGUUUCGGCAUUCUGUUGUUGGAAACGUUCACCAGGAAGAAGCCUACAGAAGAAAUGUUUAGUGGUGAGGUAAGUUUGCGUAGCUGGGUUUUUGAAGCAACACAACUUUCAGUUUUUGAAGUUGUUGAUAAAGAUUUGAUCAACGAGCAUUUAUAUACUAAGCAAGAAUCGUUGGCAUCUAUUUUCAAUCUAGCAAUGGAUUGCACUUUUGAAUCAUCUUCUUUGAGGAUAAACAUGAAAGAAACUGUGACUAGGCUUUGCAAAAUUCAGAAGAAUUUCCUAACAAAUAAUUAG